ACUGUGGGACUGGAAAACGGCGCAUGAACUUGAUUAAAUACGUUAGAUAUCCUUUUUGUCGCUAUAAGUGUGCUGUAGGCCUAUUCGAACUUGUCUCGGAGGUUUCAGAAUGUCAUCAAAGAAGAAAAGCGAGUCAAAGCAUCAAGAGGACGCAAAUGUCUCCGCUGAAAGGGCAGAACAGGAUGAAUCACAAAGAGAGAUGCUGUUACACAUUGAAUAUGACACUCUUACUGAGAACCUAAGCACAGUGAAGAGGAGAGUUGAACAACUGCGAAAAAAAAAUGAGCUCCUUCAGAACGAGGUAGAUCAGACCCGUAUAGAAAAUGUAGAGUACAUCUCAUAUCUGUCUAAGAAGGCAGAGAAGAGACAGAAUGCUAUAGUCACUCUGAGUGAUCAGAGCCAUCAGGAACUUGAGGAGCUGCAGAGACAGAGACAGAACAUGCAGGAUAAACAUGAGGAGAAGACCAAAGAGUUGCAGAGAGAGAUCCUGCAGAUGGAAAAUCAGCUGGCCAAGCUAAAUAUUGAAAUUGCAGACCUAAAAGAGGUUAAGACUCUACAACAGCAGCAUUUGUGUCGUAUCGCUGAGCUGGAGAGGGAGCUGACUGCAUUGCAGUGUCAUCAUUCAGAGACUCUGGUUGCUCUCAAGGCUGAUUUCAUUAGCAAGAAGAAGAGCCAGGAGCAAGAGGCAGAAAACACGGUGCGAGAUUUGACUAUUUCAGCCAACAAGGAGGCAUCUCACUACAUGAUGUCCUAUUCAAAUGAGGUGUUUCAGGAGAAUAAAAACCUGCGUGAGGAGUUAAAAAACCUUUACCGGAGACAUCAGGCUCUGUACAGACAACAGGGCGCUCUACAGACUCAUCGACGACAACUGCUGCUGGAGCAAGAGUAUGUGCAGAAGCUUCAUACCCAGCGUAUUUCCUCAUGCUCAGAAUCCACAACACCAGCAGAUGCGAACAACAAAGAACACCCCCAGAGCAACCACCAAUAACUGGAGCCAGUUCAAUUACAACAAGGGAAUUAAAACAUUGCACAUCA